AUGGCUCCUAUUUAUAUUUUCCAAUACUUGAUAAUAAGUCUAUGCGUACAAGCGUUUGGUGUGUUUGUUUACAUUGUUUAUUACACCGACUUUCUGUUGCCGACUCAAGUCUUGGAAUCAAAAGUUUACGAUUAUAUCAUUGUGGGUUCUGGAACAGCUGGUUCUCUCAUAGCUCAUAGAUUAGCAACAGAAACAAACUACACAUUUGUUGUAAUAGAAGCUGGGGGUGCGAGUAAUCCACUCUAUGAGAUCCCGAUUCUGGGACCCAUGCUGCAUGGGUCUCCAUACGAUUGGCAAUAUGAAACAAUACCACAGGAAAAUGCUUGUCUUGCCAUGGAGGGUAAUAAGUGUAAACUGACGCAAGGAAAAAUAUUUGGUGGCUCAGCUAAGCUGAACAAUAUGAUACACAUCAGAGGAAACAUUUCGCAUUAUGUCAACUGGUUCCAUGGUGCACACUCUGAAAGUUACAUAAGGCAACAGUUUGAUUUUAUUGAAGAUAACAUAAUACAACUUAACAAAUUGAGAUUUACUAGUCAAUUAAGUGAUUAUAUUUUAGAAGCUGCUAAAGAACUUGGCUAUGAAGAGCUCAAUAACGAAUAUAAAAUUGGUUUUGGUAAACCUUUAGUAUCACAAAUUAAUGGUAAACGUUGGGCCACAUCAGAUAAUGUUAAGCAGAAACAUGUUCUCAUAAAUACAGUGGUUGAAAAGUUAUUAUUUAAGAAAAAUAGAUGUUAUGGUAUUCAAUUAGUAAAUAAAAAGUUGUUUGCUAGGAAAGGUGUCAUUUUAUCAGCUGGGGCAUUCAACAGCCCAAAAAUAUUACAGUUAUCCGGCGUUGGACCAGCCAAAUUGUUGCAAUCCUUAGAGAUCCAACUAGUCCAAGAGUUGCCGGUAGGUAAAAAUCUUCAAGACCAUAUUGGUACUGGUCUAGAUUUAGUUCUAUUCAAUUAUUCUUUAUCCAUCAAUGCGUUCAAUUUUUUCAAUGCCUUACAUGUUUAUAAUUAUUUUAGCCAAGGCAAGGGUCCUUUAACGACAACUGGUUGUGAAGUUGUAGGUUUUGUGUCUACUAAAAGUGAUACCCAACCUGAUAUUGAAUUAAUGGUGUUGCCAGUUGGCAUAAGCGCAGAUAGGGGUAGCCAUUUAAGAAACAUUUUAAGGAUAAAUGAUGAGGUGUGGAAUAAUUAUUUUGCUAAAUUGUUUGAUAAGCACGCAUCAACGAUACUAGCUUUAAUUUUGCAUACGAAAAGCAAAGGGGAAGUUUAUAUAAAAAGUAAAAAUCCAUAUAUACCUCCAUUGAUAGAUCCCAAAUACUUUACAGAUGGGGAAGAUGUAAAAAUUUUAGUUACAGCAGUAAAAAUGAUUAAAGAGUUUAUUCAGACAGAAAAGAUGAAGUCUUUUGGUGCAUAUUUAAAUGAAAUUCCCUUCCCAGGCUGUGAGGGACACAAGUUCUUUUCCGAUUCAUAUUUGGAAUGCUACAUUAGGCAUUUGACGUUAUCCGUCUUUCACCCGAUCGGUACUUGCUCUAUGGGGUUGCCAGAUAAUAAAAAUUCAGUUGUAGAUACGUCAUUUAAAGUCAUAGGCCUUGAUAAUUUGUAUGUAGUGGACGCAUCGGUGUUGCCAACAUUACCGAGUAGCAAUAUCAACGCAGCAAUCGCUAUGAUGGCAAGCGUGUUUUUCGACAGCCAAAUAAAGCGAAAAAAUAUAGGACAAUGCCACAAACGCCAAAGAUGCUUUAUAAAUUAUUUAAGUAAAGAUAUGUGUCUUAAAGGAGAUAUAUUAUUACAUUGUGUUUAG